AGCGACAUUCACCUCGCCGUUUGCCGCCGAUCUUCCCCAACUUGCUUCGCCAUGGGCAACUGCGAGCCAGUCCCAAAUCCCACGCGACCGUGCGACUCAUGCGUGCAUACGAUGCAUUUUCCCAUGUACGUGGUCAAGGUGUCGGACUUCCUUGAAAUGGAGGGCCCGCCAGAGGCCCAUGGGGCGCUGUGGCAGCGCGGAAUGCUAAGAGCCUGGGAGCCAGGCAUUUUCACCAUUUUUGUGUCUCAUCAGUGGCUGGGCCUUGCGCAUCCAGACCCUCAAGGGGUUCACUGCGCUUUGCUGCGAGAGACGCUGCAGAACAUCAUCGAUGGUACGGUGAGUGCUGAGACAGACAUCGUCUCCCAAAACCGGGGCGGCAGUCGACAUGCCCGUCAGUCGCCCGAAGGGCUGGCACAAGGCUACCUGUUCCUUGACUGGUUUGCCAUCCCGCAGAUCACUGCGCGAACGGCGGGCGUCAAUGAAGAGGACACCAAGUCGGAUGCUGCGAAGGCUGUCCAGAGCAUUCCUGCCUAUGUUGAGGUCUCCGAUCUGUUCAUUGCACUGGUGCCAGAAGUGCAGCAUCAUGAUCGCAAAACCCACUGCAAUUACACCUCGUGGCUGGCACGAGGCUGGUGUCGCGCAGAGCUUUGGUGCCGCCUCCUCUCCAUCAAGCCUGAGACACGGGUGAUCCUCAUCCACAGCACGCGGGAGGUAAAGUUCAUGUUUCCGCUCGACUGGCAGGCCAGCGCCAUCGUUGAUGCCGACUUCACCGUGGAAGCGGAUCGAAGCACCGUGGCGAAGCUGGGGGAAGUGGCCGUGGAGGAGAAGAUCCGGCAACUGCGGCAGCAUGGGCCGCUGCAUGUCUACCGCUUCUUCGUGGCAAAUCGCCCCAAGCUACUGGGCAUUUCGACGCGCUGGGAUGAAGAGACCUUCCUGAAGAACUUCGAGUUCAAAGAUUGGCGCCAGGCAGGGCAGGAGACCAGCGGCAUGAACGGAUUGCUUUGUGCCACCUUCGCGGGCAACGUGGAAGUCAUCCGCCGGAUGGUGGAGCACCGCGCUGAUGUGAAUCAGAACAUCGAGGGCCUUGGAGAGCUUGGCUACUACCCGAGCCAAUCGGUGCUCAUGGCUGCGGCCAAGAGUCGGCAGCCGGCAGAGGUGCUCACUGCAUUGCUGGAGCUCAGGGCAGAUGUGAACCACCAAGCGGGCAAUGGCACCACCCCGAUCUCCCUGGCGCGCUCGCCCCAGCAGGUGCGAGUGUUGCACGAGGCCAAGGCGAAUCUGAACAACUUGCUGACCGACAUCGGGCGCUCGCCCUUGAUAGGAUGCACCACUAUGGCAGCCACUGACACUGUGCAGGCACUUCUGGAGGAGCGCUGCGACGCGGCGAGUUGCUCCUUAGUCAUCCCCAUCAUUUUCUCGAGAGGCAACCCCCACGUCCACCAGUCGCUGCGGCUGCUGCUGAGUCACAAAGCGGACCCCAACGGGGAGCUGCCUAUGCGCGGGGGUGCAUACUUCGACUGCUGCCUCUCCUUGGCAAAGGUGAAGCUACUGGGCUGGGAGCGCAGCGGUCUCAACACGCAGCACUUUGCUUCUCUGCUGGGAUGCACGCCCUUGCACUCGGCCGCCUACAUCGGCAGCACGGCCACGGUGAAGUUGCUGCUCGAGUUCCAGGUGUCCAAGGGCAAGACUAUUACGGCAGUUACGGUGAUUUCCUGUGGGAACGGCCUGGGCAUGUGGCCGGAAGAUGUGGCUCGCCACAAGGCCUUCACGCACCUGCUACCGGAGCUUUGCGGAUGGGCGCGGGUCAUGGUGCGGCUGGUUGAGGCGCCGAGCGUGGCGCGGGCCAGCGAACGCCAUGAGUGGGAGUACAGCCAGCGCCAGCACCAGGCCGCUCUGAGAAACAUCCAGAAGCAGGCCGGUCACGACUUUGGUCGCGCCAGCUCGGCCCAGGCCCCCAACCGGCGCUCCGGCGACUCCUACCUGCGCCGGGUGCAUCUGGGCAGGGAGAACCGCAAGUUGGUGGAGAAGCUGGAUAGCAUCGCCAGGGGCUACGGAGCUUGGGAUCCACGGGCGCCGCCCUCCAAGAAGGACUACCGGGUCGUGCCAGGCCCCUUCGUGCCGCCUCGUGACCAGCUAUGGAGGCCGGAGCUGGACAAGAAGCCUGAGCGGGUGAGGUCCUUGAACGAGGCCUACCGCUUUCGCAUGCAGAAGUCCAUCAUGCAUGAGAACGAGGCGAUGGUGAAUCGGAUCUUGGCAGUUGGCCCGACCUUCGACCGCAAGUGCGAGGCUCGGGACUUCAGCCGGCACAAGAGGACGGCGCAGAGUUUGCAGCGCUUCUCGGACCGCAGCUCCUUGCCGCCUCCGAGGCCCCUGCCGAAACUGCGAGUGCCGCGGCCCAGUAGCAGUUGGACGCCGCAGGGCCUAGAGGGCCUGCUUGUUCCGGGGGACCUGUGCCGCUCGGGAUCCUGUCCAGCCAUGGCCGCCUACUCAGAGGCCGAGCGCAAAGUGGAAUCCGACAGCUACACGGAGCCCUCAGAGAUGAGCCCCAGCACACAGAUCAGUCCAGGCCGCACCUCCCACGGUGCAGGCGAAGUGGCCUCAGGCCAUGGGAGCGCCAGCCCAGAGAGUAGCCUAGGUCGGAGCGCCUUCAACCCACUGAACGAUGCCAGUCCGAGCAGCAACAUGAACAGCACAGAGGCUGCCAGCCCCGCGGGAGGCAGUGCGACCUUGGACCCUGCACGCACACUGGCCCCGAUUCCAAGUGGAGGAGGCAGUGCGAGCAUGGACCCUGCGCGCACAUUGGACCCGAUUCCACUUGGAGGAGGCAGUGCAACCAUGGACCCUGCACGCACCUUGGACCCGCUUCCAACUGGAGGCGGCACCGUGGACUCUACCAGCAUGGAUCCGAGCCCAGUAGGUCUGCAGCGCGACCGAAUGGACGGCUGGGAAAAAGGAGAAGACACCGCGAGGCGGAAGUGGCUUUCAAGCGACGUUGCCGGGCCAAGCAAUGCCACACCCGCCUCGCCGAGCUCGAAUGCCGAUCUAGGUGGCUCAGACGUGGGUUACUCCGCUGACUGGGACGAGUUCUCGAUGUCCGGCUCUUCCAUGUCCCGCUCCGACUCGCCAAAGUCGCAGAGUCCCAGCGCAGGCGCAAGGCGGCCGAGACGAGAGAGGAACAAUGGUAACCUCUCCAGCCUGAACGAAAGUGGCGGCUUUUAGCAGUCUCACCCAGGGUCCUUUCAAGACCUUGGACGAAAAUGCCAUGCACCCCCGUUUCA